AUGGCAGCCGCAAAGGUCCUUCCAGACGUAGCUCUGCGAGAAGCCACCCAGCGAAAACUGCGGAUGUUUUCAGAGCUGAGAGGCAAACCUGUGGCAGCUGGAGAAUUCUGGGAUAUUGUUGCAAUAACAGCUGCUGAUAAACAACAGGAACUUGCUUAUAAGCAACAGCUGUCAGAAAAGCUGAAAAGGAAAGAAUUACCCCUUGGAGUUCAAUACCACGUUUUUGUUGAUCCUGCUGGAGUCAAAAUCGGAAAUGGUGGAUCAACACUUUGUGCCCUUCGGUGUUUGGAAAAGCUUUAUGGAGAUAAAUGGAAUUCCUUUACCAUCCUAUUAAUUCACUCUGGUGGCUACAGUCAGCGCCUUCCUAAUGCAAGUGCUCUGGGAAAAAUUUUCACUGCUUUACCUCUUGGUAACCCCAUUUAUCAGAUGUUAGAGUUAAAACUAGCCAUGUACAUUGAUUUUCCCUCACAUAUGAAACCUGGGAUUCUGGUGACUUGUGCAGAUGAUAUUGAACUUUAUAGUCUUGGAGAAUCUGAGUUUAUUAGGUUUGACAAGCCUGGCUUUACUGCUUUAGCUCAUCCAUCUAGUUUGACUGUAGGUACCACCCAUGGAGUAUUUGUGUUAGAACCUUUUAAUCAUUCAGAACAUAGAGACCUUGAGUACAGGUGUUGCUAUCGCUUCCUUCAUAAGCCCAGUGUAGAAAAGAUGCACCAAUGUGAUGCUGUGUUUAGAGUCAGAAAUUUUUCUCGGCAGGAGUUUGCUGGAGAGAACAUUAAAUUAAACACUGAGUAUGUCUACACAGACAGCCUAUUUUAUGUGGGUCAUGAAUCAGUGAAAAAGUUACUCGCUUUUUAUGAAGAAAUAGGCACACUAAACUGUGAAAUAGAUGCCUAUGGAGACUUUCUGCAGGCUUUAGGACCUGGAGCAACCAUGGAGUAUACCAGAAACACAUCAAAUGUCACUAAAGAAGAAUCAGAGUUGGUAGAUAUGAGGCAGAGAAUAUUUAAUCUGCUAAAAGGAACAUCAUUAAAUGUUGUUGUACUUAAUAACUCUAAAUUUUAUCACAUUGGAACAACUGAAGAGUAUUUGUUUCAUUUGACAGCGGAUAGCAGUUUGAAAUCAGAGCUUGGCUUACAACCCAUGGCUUCUAGCAUCUUUCCAGCUUUACCAGAAUGCUUUGGUAAAACAUGCUGUGUCAUUCAAAGUAUUCUGCAUUCAAGAUGUUCUGUAGCACCUGGCUCAGUUGUGGAGUAUUCCAGACUGGGGCCUGAUGUUUCAGUUGGGGAAAACUGCAUUGUUAGUGGAUCUUACGUCAUAACAAAAGCUGUCCUGCCUUCAUAUUCUUUUGUGUGCUCUAUAAGUUUAAAGAUGAGUGGACAUUUAAAGUAUUCAACUAUGGCAUUUGGAGUGCAAGACAACUUAAAGAAGAAUGUUAAAGCUUUGCCAGAUAUCAAGUUACUUCAGUUCUUUGGAGUCUCUUUCCCAUCAUGCUUAGAAAUUUGGAAUCUUAAAGUUACAGAGGACCUGUUCUCUGGAAACACAACAUGUUUAAGUUUGUGGACUGCUCGUAUUUUCCCAGUCUGUUCUUCUUUGAGUGAUUCAGUUACAACAUCCUUAAAGAUGUUAAAUGCUGUAAAGAAAAAGUCAUCAUUUAACCUGAAUAGCUAUCAACUGUUAUCCAUUGAAGAAAUGCUUGGCUACAAAGAUGUAGAAGACAUGAUCGCUUAUAGGAAGCAAAUUUUUCUAGAAGUUGGUUUCAAGGAAAAGCAAUCUGAUUUAAAAACAUCUUAA